AUUUAUAGAAGAAAAUUUGGAUUCAAAUAUUGGAAAAUGUUUAUAACACUAAUGUGUCUAUAAAGAACUUUUAUACACAUAAUUGUAUAGAAUUGAUAGGAAAAAUUCUUUGACCUAUUAAAAUAUAUUUAACAAUAAAUAUAAGUUAUGGCAGGAAAUGGAACUGUUAUUACAUCAGCUAUGAAACAAUUACAUGAAAAAGAUCAUGUAUCUGUAUCUAAUGUGGAUUAUUCUAACAUAAGAGGAAAGAAUGUCUUAGUUAGUCCAUCGGAAGAUCAGUACGAAUUACUACUUAGGCGUUUGAAAGAAAGAAUUCAAGAUGGUGGUAGUGAAACAAUUUUUGAUAUUGGUAUUGGUGAAGAUGGUUCAGAGGAUGGUUUAAAGGAGGAUGAGUAUGAAGCAUCUGUUGCCACCUUGCAAUCUCUUGCAGCUACGCUAGAAGCAGACUGUGUGCUUUUACGUCAAAGUAAAGUAGAUCAAGGUCUUGUAGGACAAUAUUUAGUACGAAGACGUUUAGACAGACAGGAUUUCCUAGAAAUUAGGGUGGCUGUUGUUGGUAACGUAGAUGCUGGAAAGUCAACACUUUUAGGUGUACUAACGCAUGGAGAACUUGAUAAUGGUAGAGGUUUGGCCCGUCAAAAAUUAUUUCGUCAUAAACACGAGGCUGAAACAGGACGUACAAGUUCAGUUGGAAAUGACAUUCUUGGAUUUGAUAGUGUCGGUAAUGUAGUAAAUAAGCCGGAACAUGGAUCUUUAGAUUGGGUGAAAAUAUGUGAAAAGUCUUCUAAGGUUAUUACAUUUAUUGAUCUUGCUGGACAUGAAAGAUACUUAAAAACUACUGUUUUCGGAAUGACAGGACAUGCACCCGAUUUUGGUAUGUUAAUGGUCGGAGCAAAUGCUGGUAUUGUUGGAAUGACAAAAGAGCAUUUAGGAUUAGCUUUAGCAUUAUCAGUACCAGUAUUUGUUGUGGUUACUAAAAUUGAUAUGUGUCCACCAAACAUAUUGCAAGAAAAUUUAAGAUUGCUAAUAAGAAUCUUAAAAUCGCCAGGCUGUAGGAAGGUGCCGGUUACCGUUAAGACAUCUGAUGAUGUUGUUGUUAGCGCCACUAAUUUUGUAUCAGAACGGUUGUGCCCUAUUUUUCAAGUGUCAAAUGUAACAGGUGAAAACUUAACUCUUCUUAAAAUGUUUCUGAAUUUACUAACUGCAAGAAUAACUAGUCAUGACGAUGAACCAGCAGAGUUUCAAAUAGAUGAUACAUAUUCAGUACCAGGCGUUGGUACUGUGGUUUCUGGGACAACUUUAAAAGGUGUUAUAAGAUUAAAUGAUAUAUUACUGCUGGGUCCUGAUCCUCUAGGUCGUUUCAUUCCGAUUGCUGUAAAAAGUAUUCAUAGAAAGAGAAUGCCUGUUCGUGAAGUGAGAGGUGGUCAAACUGCAAGUUUUGCAUUAAAAAAGAUCAAAAGGUCACAAAUUCGAAAAGGUAUGGUGAUGGUAGCACCAGCAUUGAAUCCACAAGCUUGCUGGGAAUUUGAAGGAGAAAUUCUUGUAUUACAUCAUCCAACAACAAUUAGUUCUUGUUAUCAAGCAAUGGUGCACUGUGGAAGCAUAAGACAAACAGCAUCUAUAAUUUCUAUGUCACAAGAUUGCCUAAGAACCGGUGAUAAAGCUUUAGUACGCUUUAGAUUUAUAAAACAUCCUGAAUAUAUAAAACCAGGACAAAGAAUGGUAUUUAGAGAGGGGCGUACAAAAGCAGUUGGCAAUGUUUUAAAACUUAUUCCAUAUUCAAAUACUAUCACUACACAAAUAAGUAGGUCUAAUAAACCAAAUAAAUCUCAAAAUCGUCAAGGUUCUUCCUUCGUAAUGCAGUCACUAGAUGCAACACCAACGGGUUCUUCGCUUGAGGGACAAGUAUCAAAACAAGAAAAUUUAUUACAAAAGUCUGGUAUAAGUCAGAAUAAAAAAAGUAGAGGGCGCAGAGGAGGACGACCUCAUAAUACUGCGAACAGUAUUCUUCAACCUCUGUCAGAGCAGAAUCCUCCUACAAAAGUGUAAACAGAAUUUCUUUGUACAAAAUUCAUAUACAUGUACAUACAUACACUCACUUUACAUUUACAGAUUAUUCUAAAAUUCUCGAGAAAUGAGAAUUCAGUUAUUUAGUUUUGUUUAGAGAUUGAUUUGUUUAAAUUAAAAUGAAAACUUAUGAACA